AAUUUUUUUAUAUGUGUAUGUUUACGAUAAAAUUCAACAACGGAUUGUUUGGUGUCGUGCGAUCAUGUUGACAAUCUGUUAAAAUUCAGUGUGUCAUUAAAAAAAUAAUAAUAUUUGAAUUUAAUAUUUAAAAAAGACAAAAACAAAGAAAAUAAAUAGUUGUGAUUAUUUUUUUGACGUGGUUGUGUUUUAUUUUUGAAAAAAAAUUAUCAAGUAAACGCCCAAUAAUACUUUGGCCAACGUAAAUAAUGGAAGAACAUCACUAUGAAUUACGAAAUAGAAGUAAAUCAAGAUCCCAAACACCAAAAAAAUUAAUAAAUGAAACAACAGAAUCAGAAAAUAUAAAUCAUCAUUAUGAUUUACGAAGUCGUGAUAGUCGUGAAAGAUCAUUGACACCUGGUGAAGUAACCAGCAGCCGUAGAUCAAAAUCAAAAUCUCAUACAAAUAGUGGACAAAAAACAAAAGGUCAAUUGAUGGAUCCAAUAAAUGAAAUUAAAGAUGAAACACAAAGUGAAUAUGACAUUGAUAAUGACAGUGGUAUAACUGUUAAAAGACGCUCAGAAAGACAACGUGUUAAAAGACAAUUAAUGACAAAUGGACAAAAUUCAAUUAGAGAACAAAAAAAUAAUAACAAUGAUGAUGUUAAUAAACGUAAAAGUCCAACACCAAAAAGAACAAUUACCAGUGAUUAUUCAUCAGAGGAAGGUGAACGUGAAGAUCCACCAAGUAGACCUGGAUCUGCUUAUGAAAUAUACAAACAAGCUGGCGAUUGGUGGAAUGUUUUUCCAAAGACAGAUUAUACGUAUUCACAAACAUCACAGUGUCGAUAUGAAAUAGCUCCCGGUGUUUUGGCAAUGCCAAAUAUGUCACGGCCCUCAAUUCAUUCAGAUGGCAGCAGUACUGUAGGUAGUUCAUUGUCUCUAAGUCAACAAACAUUGAGUCAAACAUCAGCAAGUACAAAAGAAGAUAAUACUGAUUUAUUUGAUACUGAAAUUAAUGACAGUAUUCAACAAAAUCGUCUUAAUGAACAAAGUGCCCUUUAUUUAUCAGCAAUGAAUGAAGAUCAACAUAUUGUUUACAAACAUACACAUGUUGAACGUUUCAGUCGACAACGUGUUGUAUUUGGUGGAUCAACACCAAAUAUAUCAAAAUUUUCAAGUUUUACUCAUUCAGAUAAUGAAUUUGAUGAUUCUAUUAACAAUAAUAAUCAUCGUAAUUAUCAUGCAAUAACAUAUCAAAAUAAGCCAUCAUUUAUUCAUAAAUAUUUUGGUAAAUUAUGGUAUAUUGUGACAUUUUUAUUUAUUGGAAUUUAUGAAUUUAUACGUGUUAAAAUAUUGAGGAGAGAAAAAUUUAUUGCUAGUCAUGAUUAUUCUUAUCGUCGUUAUGAAGAAUCAAAAUGGACAAAAUUUUGGUCAAAAGUUGAUUAUAUUUUACAAUAUCUGUACCUGACAUUGAUACGUGUUUUGUUUCUUGAUUCUUGGAUUUUGAGUCAUGCAACACCAGUACGUGAAGGUGUUAUAUCUCGAAGAAAAAAAUUACUAUUAUUGAUUCUUCUACCACCACUUAUUAUUGGCGGAAUUUGGUUUUAUCCUGGUGCUAAAGACAUGGUACUAUCAAAAUUUUCUACAGAUGUUUUUCAGGAUUUUAGAAAAUUAAAUACAAUGGAUUAUUUAAAAAAUCAAGAUGCUAAUAAAUAUCAUGAUAAUUUUGAUAAUGCUAAAUAUGAUGAGAUGAAAAAAACAUUGGAAAUAUUGAUAAAUCGUUUUGAAAAAUUAGAAGCUCAACAAAUCAACCAAAAGGAGCAUAAUACAAAUAUUGAUGACACCGUAAAUGAUUUAAAAAUAUCUAAAAAAAAUGCACUACUUCAUUACGAGGAAAAAUUAUCAAACUUGGAAUCAAAAUUAGAAAUGACUGAUGAUUCAACAAGCUCUGAGCUGAAUAAUAUAAAAUUAGAAUUUAAAAAUCUUCAAAAUCUUUAUAGCCAAGUAAAAAGUUGUUGCAAUAAAAUUCCAGUAAAUAACAAUAUACCAGAACAAGAACUUGAAAAUCGUGUUAAAAAUAUUAUAACUACUUAUUUUGGUGCUGAUAAAUUUAAAUCUGAUAUUCAUGAAGUUGUUGAGAAUGUAAUAAAAGCACAAUUAAUAAUUCAGCAAGAAGAAACAUUAAAAAAUGAUAAAAUCAUAGCAGAAAAAAAUAUAUGUAAUGAUACAAAUCAAUCAUCAUCAUCAACAACAACAACAACAGAUGAUUAUAUUCGUAAAAUUGUUAUUGAAUUAUUAAAAAUAUAUGAUGCUGAUAAAACUGGUAGAGUUGAUUAUGCACUUGAAUCAGCUGGUGGACAAAUAAUAAGUAUACGUUGUACACAACGUUUCAAUAUUAAUACACGUGCUGUUAAAUUAUUUGGUUUAACAUUAUUUUAUGAAAGUGGUGAUCCAAGAACAGUAAUACAAGGCAACAAAAUAUUACCAGGUAUUUGUUGGGCAUUUCAAGAUUUUCCUGGUUAUUUAUUAAUUAAAUUACGUAGUAAAAUUAAAAUAACUGGUUUUACAAUGGAACAUGCAUCUAAAAAAAUAUUACCAAAUAAUGAAAUUAAAAGUGCACCAAGAAAAUUUAAUGUAUGGGGAUCAAAAGGUGAGCAUGAUCAAUCACCAAUAAUACUUGGUGAAUAUGAAUUUAUUGAUAAUGAUGAAACACUGCAAUAUUUUCCAAUUGAAAAUCAACAAAUUAAUCAUGAUUUUGAGUAUAUUGAAUUGAGAAUACACAGUAAUCAUGGACAACUUGAAUAUACAUGUUUAUAUAGGUUUAGAGUUCAUGGUAUUCCAAUAUAAACAAAGAAAUAUUUAAUUUUUAUUCUACAAGCAUAAUAACAUGUACAAAAAAAAUUACUAAUACAGUAAUUACCAAGUGGCUAGCUUGACAGAAAUUUUUUCUUUUCUAAUUCCAUCAAAUGGAUUUGAAAAAAGAAAAAUUAAGUAAUGUGCCUUUGAAAUUAAUAUAAAAUAGUGUUAGUAAAAAUGCCAUAAUAAUUCAAAUGAAAAUUUAUCUGGUUGACUAAAUACGCACUGACUUUAUACAUUUUUUUUCUUUAAAAAAGAAAAUAAUAUUUAAAUAAUAAUUAUAAUUAUUAUACGUAUGUCAUUAGAGCACAAUAUUAUUAAUUAAAUUAAGUAAUAAUAUAUAUAUUUUUUUUUUGAUCUGAUAAUGGGGUUUUUAUGUUAACAAAAUUUAACAGUAAAUAGACUUUGAAUUUUAACUGGAAAAUUAAUAUAUAUUAUAUAAACAAAAUGUGAAAUUUAUACACAGCGGUUACCCAAAGUUAAUUAAAAUAUAAAAAUUUAUAUAAAAAUAAUAUUAAAUCCCACAAAGUACAAAUUAUCAAUGAAUGGAUUUUACUGUAAGUAGAGUUAGUAAUUUUUUUUUUGUUUUUUUUUUUCAUAGCGAGAUUAGAUGAUAAAUAACGCUGCUAAUUUUAUUUUAUUAUAGUAAAUGAAUUUUGAUAUUUGUAACUUUGUUUAAGACAAAUCCAUAUAUUUUUUUUUUAUUUAGAUAAGUUUUUGUUUAAUUAGAAAUAUUUGCAAGUGAAAAAUUAACAUCACAAGCUCUUCCUCAAUUAAGUAACUAAUUUAUUUAUAAUAGUUUUUUUUUUUUUUUACAAUGAAUUAUCAGUAAGACCAUGUGUUCUUUAAAAUAAACUGCACAGAUAUAUAUUAUUUUUUUUUCUCAUGUUACGACGCUUUGUGAUAACGCUUAUGUUUUUUUUUUUUUUUUUUUUUUUGUAUUUUGUAAAAACAGUUCAUCACUCUUGACAAUAUGAUUGUCAAUUAUUUUUUUUUUUUAUUUAUAUUUUAUUUUCAUGUAUAAAGAAGCAUCAAUAUUGUAACAAUAAUCUCAGUAAAUUUAUAAAUAAAUUGAGGAUAAUAUUUUGAAAAUACUUGGUACUUAAGUCAAUGAAUAAAAAAAAUCAAAAAAUUAAUAUAAAAUAUAUAAAAGAUGUGUGUAUAUAUUUAUUGAGCAACUUUCAUCAUGACUUUUGUAAACUAUCAUUUUUUUUGGUAUAAAAAAUUAAAUAAUUUAUGAAAAAUAUUUUUAUUUAUUGUAUUAUUUAUUUUAAUGUUUGAGCUAAUUUAUUACUUGUGCGUAGAAAAUAAAAAAUGAAAAUAUUAUUUUAACUUAUCAAAAAUAAAUAUUUUCAAUUUAAAAAAAAAUGGAUUAAUAAUUUUUUUUUUUGUAUUACUUUUGCGUCACAAGAUAAGACUAAAAAAUACAUUUAGCAUUAGCUAUUAUAAAAUUUUAUUUAUUUAUUAAACAAGAAAAUAUAAUUUUCCCUCCUCUGUUAAAAAAAAUAAUGUAUUAUUAUUUUUAUUGUUCAAAUAAUAAAAAUACUAUAAUUUGUUUUUUUUUUUUUUUUUUAUGAUAAAAAAGUUGAUGAAACUUGUUCAUUGUAAAAAUAAAAAAAUUAUCAAUGUAUUUAUUUUUAAUUUUCAUUGAUGCUUUUACAAAUGGAUAUUUCGAAUUAAAAAAAAAAAAUUAAUAUCAAAUAUUUUUCGAAUUUUGAUUGGGAAAAAAUCAAAGGAUUAAAAUGGUUUUCAAGAAUGUUAAUAUCGAAAUGAGAUAUUUACAAAAUAUUUAAAAUCCUUGAGCUGAAUAAUUAGAUGAUUUUCCUCUUGUAUUAUUCUUCUUAACUUUUAAUCUUCAAUUGACAUUAUAAUUGUCGUCAUAGUAUUUUACAGACUGUGUAUAUAUAGACAUGUAAAUGUUAAACUUUGAUUAAUUUCAAUUGCACAUUAAACGUGUGAUAUUCAAAUUUCAACUUCAAUAAAAUAUUCGUAAGUUUAGAUAAUUUUAAAAAGACACAGAUUUAAAAAAUUAUAACUUCUAGAAAAAUUCAUAAGUAAAAUAAUUUCUUUAUUUUAAUUUUCAGUUAAUUUACUCAAUUUUUCAUACAAAUUUACAACAUAUAAUUACUUGUUUUUUUUUUUUUUUAAACCAAGGAAUUAAAUAAUAACAAAAAUGUAUCAAAAUAAAAUUACUUCAACAUGUAUUAUUUUAAUUUUGAUUGCAUUCAUGAAUUUUGAUGGAACAAAUGGAGCUUGUCACGACUGGAGAGACGCUGGAGCAGUUGAACCAGUACCAACAUGUUUUUCUGUAUGUCAAACUCGUUGUUUAAUAUUUAUGCGAACUUCAGAAUUUAGUUGUCCAAGACAAGCAAUAUUUUUUGCAAAAUGUAAAUGUUGCAAAA